AUGCUGGCCUGGUCACCAUUUGAUAUGGAAGUUAUAGCGCAUGAUAACAGGGCUUCGUGGCUGGUUUCCAAUGGCACCCAUCCCUAUAUUAACGGUGACGGCCAGCGGUCCACACCGGACCGUAAUAAUCAAAGCCAUCACAGCUCAACCAAUGGCAGCAUUAAAACAAAAAAUGGUCAUGGCAAAACUGACGGCAAUUUCACACUCACCACCCUUACAACCGGUGCCACCCCUACCACAGCGUUCAGGAAGACAGUAAAACACCGGGAGGGCAUGUUUGCCAACAAAUGUCACAUAGAGUUACUCAAUGAUAAGGGAGACACAGGGGGUGGAGGGGCUGAUGUUGACGAGACAGAUAGCAAAACUGUGCUGGCCGGCACUGGCAUUGGUUUCACUUGCAAAUUCUCUAUUUUGUCCAAAUACAGUCCAAAUAGAGAACUUUUGUUUGCCGUCGCGUGGAUUACAGCCCGACGACAGGUCAUUCACGACACCACUUGUGGUCGCACUCAAUGGGAGUCGAGCUAUGAUUUCAUAGUCGUGGGCGGAGGGGGUGCCGGCGCUGUGGUGGCCAAUAAGCUCAGCGCUAAUGCGUCGGUGCGGGUGCUACUGCUGGAGGCGGGCGGUGCGCAAAGUGCCAUAUAUAACGAUGUACCUGGUUUGCUUACUAUAAACAAUCCGAUAUAUAAUUGGAUUUAUUUCGACCAACCCGUCGAUGGUUAUGGUCAGCAGUACGCCGGGGGACGAGUGCCCGAACCAAUCGGUAAAACACUGGGCGGCAGUACUGCGCAUAACUCCAUGUUUUUCGUUCGGGGUAAUCGUCGCGGUUAUGACGAGUGGGCCCACACUUACGGCGCCCGUGGCUGGAGUUACAGCGAUUUGUUGCCGGUGUUCACGGAGUGGGAGAACAAUACGGAUCCACGCGUUGUACGCGAGGCACCCGACUAUCACGGAGUACACGGUCCCAUUCAGAUAUCAUCCACAAGGAAUGUUGAUAGAUUCACCACGGUCAUUACGAAUACAUUACAUCAAUUGGGAUAUAAUAAGACUGAUAUCAAUGGUCCAAAUCAGGCCGGAUAUGAUUUAUUGCAAUAUUACACAAACUCGUCGGGACUGAGGACGGGAACGGGUAAUCCAUUUGUUGACCCGAACCCACAUCCGGAUAAUCUGCAUAUUGUGUGCAACGCUUUGGUUACAAAAGUGUUGUUCAAUGAAUUGACAGCAAUUGGCGUCGAGUUUACAUAUAAUUACAUUUCGUAUACGGUUUACGCCGAUAGAGAAGUCAUUAUUUCCGGCGGAGCAAUUAAUAGCCCGCAGUUGUUAAUGCUGUCAGGUGUGGGUCCGGCUAAACAUUUGAAAAGUCUUAACAUAGGGUUAGUGUUGGACUUACCGGUUGGCGAUAAUUACCAAAACCAUCCCAACGUUCAGAUGUCGGCACAAUUAAAACAAAAUUAUUAUCAUAUGGGUUCGGAAUUAGCCCAAUUGGAUGUCCAUCAAUUGAGCCAGCUUUAUUAUGAUCACACGGGACCACUUUGGCCUCCUACAAGAGUACUACUGUAUUUUAGUACCCGAUUGAACAUGAACAAACAAUGGCCAAACGUGUAUUUUGCCAUUAGUUUAACUAACAUUACAGUUCACGUGGGCAUUCAAUUAAACAAAAUUAAUAGCCACGGUUCAAUACGGCUGAGAGAGGCGGACCCCCUGUUGCCACCUAUAAUAAAUCCAGCAUGGUUAGCAACACCCGUAGACAUGGAAAAUAUGGUCGAUGCAGUCAAGUCCGCAUUUCAUAUGCUCGAGCGCUCACAACUGGCUCACUAUAUUCAACCGUUGCCCCCAUUCUCGGCCAUCGGGUGUCCCGACUGUCCGGACAAACAGUAUUUGUAUGAAUGCGCUGAGGGUUUAAAGUGUUUUAUUACAUACAAAAGCGGGACAUCGUAUCAUCCGUCGGGCAGUUGUCGUAUGGGCGCAGUUGAGAGGCCGGACGUUGUGGUCGACCCCCAGUUGAGGGUUAAGGGGGCGAAGAACCUGAGGAUUUGCGACGCCUCUGUUUUCCCGGUUAUACCCAACGGCAAUACCGCCGCCGCAGCCAUAACUGUUGGCUAUAAAUGCGCGCAAAUUAUUAAAGAUUAUUAUAAUUUAAAUUAA